AUGGCGAGAAGAAAUGGAGAAAGGAAAGAACACAGUGCGAUGGUGGCAGUGGGAAUAGACAAGGACAAGGGAAGUCAAUACGCAUUGAAAUGGACCGUUGAUCAUCUUUUGUCCAAGGGUCAAUCUAUCAAUCUUGUCCAUGUGAAAACUAAACCUUCUUCCAUACCCACUCCUUCUGGGCUCCUCACAAACAUAUCUAAAGUUAACGAUGAUGUUGCAAAAGCAUAUAUGCAACAAGUGGACAACCAAGCCAAGGAGGUCUUUCUACCUUUCCGAUGCUUCUGCUCGCGGAAGGACAUCACAAGUAAUGAAAUCAUACUGGAGGAUACCGACAUAGCUAAAGCCUUAAUUGAUUAUGUUUCCUCCUCUUCAAUCGAGAUUUUAGUACUCGGCGCCCCAACUAAAGGCGGCUUUAUUAGAUUCAGGAGCACGGAGCUUACAACAACAGUCUCAAAAGGGGCUCCCAAUUACUGCACAGUAUAUGUGAUAGGCAAAGGGAAGAUCUCAUCAGUGCGAUCUGCUUCUGCUCCCCCUCCAGCUAGACAUCACCCUCCUGCACCUCAACCACAGCAGCCCCCACCCUCUAUCAUUCCCGAAAUAACUGAAUCCCCUUCGGGUCAAGCACUUUUCCCUAGAUAUCGAGGAGCUCCUAGUAGGUCCCAACAUCCACCACGCAACAUGUAUGAAGACUUGGAAAUGAAGUCACCGUUCACGAGACCGAGAAAUAAAUACGAGCCUUCAGUUCCUGAAUCUGACAUAUCAUUCGUAAGUAGUGGGAGGCCAAGUACUGAUAACAUGUCAUCUCUGCACGACAAUAUGGAUUUCGGAACUCAACGGCUUUCGAUCAGCUCUGAAUAUGACAGCAUAAGCCUUGGAUCUUCAUACUCAGGAAACAGGUCCAUUGAUUUCAGUUCACAGUAUGAGAGCUCCUCAACAUCACAUGAAAGUGGUAGGACAUCAUGGUCAUCUCAGAAUAUGGAUGAUGUGGAAGCUGAGAUGAGAAGACUCAAACAGGAGCUCAAGCAGACAAUGGAGAUGUAUAGUGCAGCCUGCAAGGAAGCACUCUCAGCAAAACAGAGGGCAAAAGAACUUCAAAGCUGGAAAUUACAAGAAGAACAAAAAAUAGAAGAGGCACGACUGGCUGAGGAAGCUGCACUUUCACUUGCAGAAAAGGAGAAAGCAAAGUGUCAGGUGGCCAUUGAGGCAGCCCAAGCAGCUCAAAUGAUUGCUGAACUUGAAGCACAAAAGAGAAAGAUUGUAGAAAAGAAUGCCAAUAAAGAAGCUGAUGAUAGGAAAUUGGCUAUAAAUAAUUUUGGGCAUGAUCUCAGGUAUAGGAAAUAUACAAUUCAAGAGAUUGAAACAGCAACAGAUCUCUUCUCGCCAUCUCGCAAAAUAGGAGAAGGAGGUUAUGGGCCUGUGUACCACUGCAACCUGGACCACACACCUGUUGCCAUAAAAGUACUACGUCCAGAUGCAGCCCAAGGACAAUUACAGUUUCAGCAAGAGGUUGAAGUGUUAUGCUGCAUACGACAUCCAAACAUGGUACUUCUCCUUGGAGCCAGUCCAGAGUAUUGCUGCCUAGUCUACGAAUACAUGGCUAAUGGAAGCUUGGAAGACCGGCUAUUUAGGCGCAAUAACAGUCCAGUACUUCCAUGGCAAGUAAGAUUUAGAAUUGCUGCAGAGAUUGCAACAGGUCUUCUUUUCCUCCACCAAACCAAACCAGAGCCUAUUGUACACCGUGACCUGAAACCGGGCAAUAUUUUGCUUGAUCGCAAUUAUGUCAGCAAGAUUAGUGAUGUUGGAUUGGCUAGGCUUGUUCCUCCAUCAGUUGCUGACACUGUAACUCAGUAUCGAAUGACAUCAACCGCCGGAACAUUCUGUUACAUAGAUCCAGAAUAUCAGCAAACUGGAAUGCUAGGGAUAAAAUCCGAUAUCUACUCACUUGGGAUCAUGCUUCUACAAAUAAUUACUGCUAAACCACCAAUGGGUUUGACUCAUCAUGUUGAGAACGCUAUUGAAAAUGGAAAUUUUGCUGGAAUACUAGACCCAGCUGUACAUGACUGGCCCAUGGAAGAGACCUUGAUCUUUGCAAAGUUAGCCCUUAAGUGUUCAGAGCUGAGACGUAAAGACAGACCAGAUCUAGGACGGGUAGUGUUGCCUGAGCUUGACAAAUUGAGAACUCUUGCUGAUGAAAAAAUGCCUUUCAUCAAGAUUGGUGGCAGUGCAGGGACUUCCCCAAAUAACAGCCAUGUUUCCACCUCCUCAAUUCAGGAUGGACAUGAUAACUCAAGGAGCUACUGAAAGACAACAUCCACCAUUGGAAUACAGGGAACUGAAGUCUGCCAUCAAAACAGAAGUUCAGAAUUCUGUGCAUCCAAGCUCCAAUUGUUUCAUUUUUCUUUCAUUGGCUCAUCCUUACGGACUUCAUUAUGAACGUAACUAUAGAACUGCUAUAGGCAUCUUAUAGGAAGUUGUGCUUGCAUCAAUAAUCAUGAAGCCACUGAAACAUGGUGUUAAUGCUUUAAAUAUCAAGAGACGUCUGAUACUCAUGUAACUUUACAAUGAAAAUAAAAGUUCAAAAAUGGUUGAAGAUCA